AUGUGGCGAUUCGGAAACAGAAACAACAAUCCUGGUGUGUCACCAGAGGACAGUUCCAUAGGCGAAAAGGCUGAACCGGCCAAUGAGACCGGGCUUGGGGGAGACGUACAGGAUGUCUCGAAACCUACAAAGGACGGAGAUGGGUAUGAGGAUGAGGACGAGGUCCGGGCAAUGCCGCAGGAGCAAGAUACCCACGCGACCAGUUCCGUAGACAUGGACGCAACCGACUCCCACACGGGAAUAGGAUUAGACCCAGCGUCAGAAGGGUCGCCUCCGGAACAGAAGGCCGUGGAAGAGCGAGGAUCGGCAAUCGAAGCAGUGUAUCCGGCGACAAGUGCUUCCUCUGCGAAGCCCCAGAGCACCACCAGAGACGGCAACAUGGCAGAUUCGGCUCUGGCUCUGACGGAUCAAGAAACACAUCAGGACGUCACCGAGAAACCUACUCCCGGGUCAUUGGAUGCCGCUUGGAGGCAGCUGAGCGGUACCGUUGACUCAUACACUGCCGCCUUGAUCACCACAGGCGACGUUCGGAGGGGUGCACUUGAAAAGCGGAAAAGCGUCGUCCAUCAACUGGACACACUCAUGUCGUCCCCGGAACUUUCGUUGACAACUGACCUUCGACAGGCGCUGUUGGACCUGCAAACGACCGAGAGGAAGCUCGAGGAGAAGGACGAUUUCUUGAUCCAACAAGGCUACCAGAUCACAUACCGAGGCUCAAGGAUUUUUGGGCCUUUGGCAGAGUCCUCUUUGGACUUUCUACGGCAGCAGGACGUCACCGUACUGUCGGUGCGUGCCGACACCGAAGGAGGCUCCGAGGUCUCUCAGAAUGACAUACGCCACGAUCAAACCGUGGAAGCCCGACUGUUUCUGUCCAAGAAGGGUGACAUUGACUUGCUCCUCGAGAAUUUGAUGGAAUUGGAAGAGGGAGAAUUCCCGGCCGGUGACGAGGGUGUGCCGGAGACGGACGACUCGACGAUGCUGAAAAGUCUCGAAACGAGGAAGCGAGAUCUCAUGCGGCAACUGGAGGAAGCCGAAGAGGAGCUGCUGACCCUCUGGGAAAAGUUGCCCGACCGACCAGAGGACAUCCCUGAAGAUCAGCUACGCUCCUCCGUCGAAGGGCAAGAAGAAACGCCCGCGGCGGAUGACGGAUCUCCCGAGGGCCAAGGGGUGGAAGAAUCGAACCAAGACCCUGAGAACGAGAACCGUCUCGUACCCGGCGACCGACGACACAGGUUCCGCCAAAUCCUGGAUUCCGUGACCGACGGUGGUGGUGGUGGUGGCGGCUCCGUCAGACCCGACACGCUGGUCAAUGCCUACCUGCUGCACCAACUCAGGUCGUCGCCCGAGGAGCAAGCCGCCUACGUCGAAGCCAUAAAAGAGGUCGUCGAGAGCACCGGCGUCCCGCUCCGGACGGACCUGGAAUCUUUUGCGAUCCGCGACUGGUUCGAGGACGUCCCCAGGUUCAAGUCGAGAUCCUCCAGACGUGGCAAGCCCGCGGCGAGAGCGAGACGGUGGACCUCCAGUCGAAACGACGAGACCUCCCUCGCCGUGCAUUCGAACCGAACCCAGGCGACCCGUGGGCGGAGCGAGCCACACGUCCGUCAGAAGCGUCCACGUCCACGUCCACGGGCCCGGUCCAGAGCCAGCGCAGGGCACGAUGAUGAUGAUGAUGCAGGUUCAACUCGACGCAAGCCGAAUUUUGGUCGACAGUAG